UUGAUCCAAGAUAAUUUAGGUUUGGUAAAAUUUGAUUUAGUUCGUUGAAGACACUGACAAGUGAAAGUUGACAUAGAGUUGAUAUCUCCUGAGUAUUUUUGUGUUGUAAAUCAUAUGCAACAUGCAGGAGGAUACAUUUUUGGACUGUAAUCAAGAACGACCCAUAGACUUGGAUAGUUCCUUAACGCCGAUUUGUGACUUCUUUUGCGAUUCAACAAUUCUUAUUACUGGUGGAACGGGAUUUAUUGGAAAAGUUCUUAUACAAAAACUUCUAAGAGCUUUUCGUGUAAGGAGAAUAUACAUGUUGAUAAGAAGUAAGAACGACAUGAAUGCCAAUCAACGUUUGGAAACAUUUUUUCAAGAAACUAUCUUCGACAAAAUUCGAGAAGAUUGCCCAGAAAUAUUGGAAAAAGUUCAACCUAUAAACGCAGAUUUUAGUGCCUUUGAUCUAGCUUUAUCUCCUUCGGAUAGAGAAUUGCUUUGCAAUGAAGUUGAGAUUGUAUUCAACGUAGUUGCAUCGGUGAAAUUUAAUGAAAAACUCAGCGAUGCAAUUGAUAUAAAUGUCUUGGGGACGAAAAAAAUCCUUGAUCUGGUGAUGGAAAUGCGACAUUUAAAGUCGUUCGUACACAUUUCUACAUUGUAUUGUAAUUGCAACCUGAAAUUUAUUAAAGAGCAGGUGUAUGACAACGAAAUUGGUUAUGAGAAAAUUAUGCAGAUUUAUCGCGUAGUUGACGAUAAGACUCUGGAGAAAAUCCGACAUUGCUUGAUUGGAGAUAUGCCGAAUACGUAUACGAUGACAAAAAAAUGUGCUGAAAAUCUGGUAAACCAUCAGGCGUUUUAUCUUCCGGCUGGGAUAUUUAGACCGCCAAUAGUUAUGUCAACUUACAAGGAGCCCCUCCCGGGUUGGACGGAUAAUUUGUACGGACCAUCCGGAGUGUGUACCUGGUCGGCUAAGGGACUCGUCCGGUGUAUCCAUGGCAGGGCUGACUGCAAGGCGAACCUCGUCCCGGCGGAUUAUUGUGUCAAUGCUAUGAUAGCUUGUGCUUGGGACGUGGCCAGAAGGUUUCAAAUGCGAAAAUGCGAACCAACCGAGAUACCGGUCUACAAUUAUAUUUUCAGUGGCAACAAUCUGACCUGGGGUCAGUACAUGCACUUGGCCCGCAGGGGAUUCCACGAACCGUUUGACAAGGCUUUAUGGUGUUUCUCGUACAUUAUAAUUCCAUCGAAGCCAGUGCAUCGUAUUCUUACAUUUUUGCUCCACAACGUCCCGGGCUAUAUUUUAGAUUUAAUUGCCAUGGCAACUGGACAGAAGAAGAUCUAUACAAAAUCAUACCGAAAGAUCGCCAAAGUAAUUGACAUGAUGUCCUGGUUUGGCUUAAAAGAAUGGCGGUUCGCAAAUGGAAACAUAGUCGAAUUGGAUCGCAUACUCAAAGAUGCCGAACGAACUAUUUUACCCUUCAAUUUGGGUUCUAUUGAUUGGCCUGAAUAUUUUCAUAGCUAUCUGAGCGGUGUACGGAGAUACUUUUUCAAGGAUACCGAAGAUAAAUUGAAGCAGCGCAAAAAGAUUUAUGGAAGGAUAGCGCUGGUGCAUUUUCUAAUGAAGACCACCUUUGGAUUGACACUAAUUAUGAGCAUUGUAAAAUGUUUUAUAGGAAUCUUGAAUUUUAUUCCAAGGUUGAGUUUAUAAGGGAAAAAUGGAUAUUGUUAAAAUGAAUGAUAAAAAUGAUUCUUACGAAGUUUUUAUAAAUUUGAAAAAGAAAAAGUUUUAUCUGAAAUUAUCAAAUGACUUGGUUUAAAUAAAUGGUUUACAAACGUA